AAAAAUACACACAUUAUUAGACUUGACACCAAACGGCUCAAUAGAUCAAGUCGUGUCGUGUUUCCCAUCUUAUACACGUCCGUCACUCAUCUCAGCCUCUACCAUAAUCAGAUCGACUUGUGACUGGCCAACUCGGUUUGGAUUGAAACUGUGGAAGUGGUGCUCCCAAAGCGCUUUCGACGAUAGCUGGGUUCGCCAACCAUGGUGCAACAAAUUCGCUGGGCAACAUUGAACGAUACUCGCCAUGUUGAUGAUCAGGAUCCAAAAGAAGUCCAGAUUGAACGCUGUCUCGAAAAAUAUCAGCGAACCUUGCGUUUGCAUCAGCGAGGAAAACUGGUCGAGGCCAAAAAGCUUUACAAUGAUCUACUAGAGAACGAAGUCAUGCGACAGACACCGCUGACGCAAGCUCCGAAAGAAUUGGAUGUGGAGGGGUCAGCUACAGUGUCGAUGGCUACACCUUUAGCAUUACUUCAGUUUCUAGUGUUUAAGAACUAUGCUUCAAUUCUGGAAGAAGAGUACAAUAAUGACGCUGCAAAGCCGAAAGAAUUGGCUGAAAAAGCUUUGGAUCAUUAUAUCAACGCACUUUCAAUCGAUCCAUCCGCACGUAUGCUCUGGUACCACACAGGCACAUUAGCGCGUGCCAUCGGAAAUAUGCGACUGGCAAAGCUUGCAUUUGGGAAUGGCUUAUUACUGCAAAGCUCCUGGAAUACACAAGGUAGCGACGCUAUUCAUCCGGAUUCCAUUAUCCACUCCACUCCCCCGGAUGAAUUAGCUUUUGAUCGAUUUAGUCCCAGUCAAUGGUGGUGCUUAGAAGGUUUAUGUGAGACCUUGCUGAAAAUCGGAGACCACGCAACAUGUGAAUACUAUUACGAGAAUGUUAUGAGACAAUUGGGUCAAUGGAAAUACGGAGAUACCAUGAUGGAGCGUAUCAGACAGUCCAAAGCAUACGACGGAUCCGAAGUCCAGGUCAAUGCGGACAACAUGCAAUUAGAUAGUAAUGAAAUUGAAAAUAGCUUCAUCUCGAAUGCUUUAGAUUUGAGCUUGACGAGGACCACUUGGGCUGAUCUUUGUCAUGUACUGCUGGAUCAGUACUUUGAUAUUGUUAGAGAAAUCCCAGUGCUUCCCUUUACUAGCGAGCAUCCAUCUCAAAACAAAAGUCACCUUACUUUGUUCGUGAACCAAAAAAUCAUCAUUUCGCUGGACGAAAAAAGUAAUGAAACAACUACUGUUGAUCAAGAAAAUGAAGCAACAAUUGAUCAGAAUUUGAAUAAUACCAAUAAUAUGCUGGUCGACAUGGACGAGUUGCCAACUCAGCUAACGAAACCAAACGACUCGGUUGUGGAGGAUGAGGGAGAUGAUGAAUCGAAAGUCAAUUCAGUUGUUCCCAGCACAGAAGCUAUCGAAGAUAAUGAAAAUGGUUUGGACGCAGUCAUAAGUGAAUAUGACGAAAUGAAGACCGAUGUGGACGUUGUAAUAGACAAUCACAAGGAUGAAGAAACAAGCGACGCAAUACAAGAUGAUGACCAGAACACUAUGGAGAAUGACGAUAACAUAGACACCAAACAUGAGGUCAAAGCCACCGAACAUGAAGCAGAAUCAGCUACCGACACAGACUUUCAAAAUUCCAAAGCUGAGGAUGAUCAUAAGAUAGCCGAUCAGCCUGAACAAGAACCUACAGACUUAAAUGGUGACACAUCAAUGGAUAUAGACGCUGCUACACAAUCCAGCAGUCAAGUUGGUGAAAAGCGAAAGUUCGAUGAGAUGGAAGAUGAAAAUGAAGGUAGUGACGAAGACGAAGGUCCAGAGAUAACGCGAUCGUCAUUGCGUGCUUCGAAACGCGAGCGUGAUAAGAUUGAGCAUGAAGAGUCGACACGCAAGAGAGUACAGCACGAAGAACAAGAGCUCAGCAAUAAAAUUCAGGAGAUGUUGCAAGCUACUGGCUUAUUGCCUUCCCUUGAACGAACGGAGAGAUGGAAUCAACCAGAUAACGCUGAUGAUAAACUACGACAGGAAACGUUUAGUACAUGGUUCGAGAUGAAACUCUCUGAGUUGGUAGGAACAGCAACAUGGGACUUGGAGUUCAACAUCAAGGGAAAUGAAGUAACAAAGAAAAAAAACUUUGAACUUGGCCACCCUGUCGCCCGAUGUGGACCAAACCAAAAUCGACGUUAUGCAUUUCCUAGACUCUGUCAAUCAAAAUCAAUAUGGAUUGUUGGAUGUUCUCUGCCAGGCUGCUCUGGAAAUAUUACAACGAACAGCUCUGAAAAGACCAGCCUUCGUCCCCAUUAAUGCAGACCUUCGCUCAACCACACUUGAUCUUGUUGAAGCACUUGGAGAUAACUUCAUUCAAGCUCUUUCUUAUCCACAAGACAAUCUAUCAACCGACGACGCCUCUAAUAUUGCCCUCUAUAUUGCGGAACUCGCUUUGGAUCAAG